CUUCUCUUCUUCUCUAAUCACGCGAUAUAUAAAGAUUCGUCCAUUGUUUGUAUCGGCAAAUGCGUUCAAAACUUCCCGCAUAUUUUAACUAACACAUCGUCACCCAAUCCCCACACUUUCGCUUUCCUCUCCCCACCACUCACCACCGCCCCAAUGCUGCCGUUCAACACUCUCGACGAGGCGGCGGCCGCUCUGGGCCGGAACCUCACAUAUGCUGAGACAUUGUGGUUCAAUUACUCCGCAAACAAGUCCGAUUACUUCCUCUACUGCCACAACAUUCUCUUUUUGUUUGUAAUCUUCUCUAUUGUGCCCCUGCCUCUCGUUUUCGUUGAGAUAAUGCGAUCUGCUGGGAUUGAAAAGUAUAAGAUUCAGCCCAAAGUUAAGCUUUCCUUUUCCGAGAUGUUUAACUGUUAUAAGGAUGUCAUGCGCAUGUUCUUUCUUGUGGUGGGUCCUCUGCAAUUGAUUUCCUAUCCUUCUAUCCAGAUGAUCGGGAUUCGGACGAGUUUGCCAUUGCCUUCAGGAUGGGAAAUUUUUCUACAGUUGUUAGUGUAUUUCAUGGUAGAGGACUAUACCAAUUAUUGGAUCCACAGAUUUCUUCAUGGUAAAUGGGGCUAUGAGAAAAUUCAUCGUGUCCAUCACGAAUAUGCUGCUCCAAUUGGUUUUGCUGCACCAUAUGCACACUGGGCUGAAAUAUUGAUCCUGGGAAUUCCGUCUUUUCUUGGGCCAGCAAUGGUUCCUGGGCACAUGAUCACAUUUUGGUUGUGGAUUGCUUUACGGCAGAUCGAGGCAAUCGAGACACACAGUGGGUAUGACUUCCCCUGGACUCCCACAAAAUAUAUUCCAUUUUAUGGUGGUGCAGAUUACCAUGAUUACCAUCAUUAUGUUGGAGGGCAGAGCCAGAGCAACUUUGCUUCAGUGUUCACCUACUGUGACUUUAUUUAUGGAACUGACAAGGGUUAUCGGUACCAGAAGAAAGUCCUUGCAAAGUUGAAAGAAGGAUUAAGAAGCGAUGGUGAACAAAAUGGAGGCUCAUACUAUGUCCAAGAUCUUAAAUCUGACUAGCUGCGGAGCUGAAAACUCUUCUUUCAGAUCAAUGCACUUAGGGUACAUCUAUUGGAAAUCUCUGAUUUCAAGUUGACAUCAAUGUGUUAGUCUGGUUAAUUUAAUAUUGCAGGUGGAAAUUAACUGUGAUUUAUGUAGAAUGAGGAGGGUUUAGUUUGCAAUGCUAAGUUUCAGCAUUUUGGGGGUUUUGUUAAUGAAGUUCAGUGGAUUUGUAUAUUAUGGAUUGUGAAUUUAAGAUUUCUAAGUGUUAUUGUUAAGCCUUUUGUUCGACAUCAAAAUAUCGAUAAUGUUUCCUGUUGUAACUUCAGAUACCGUGACAGACGUCGUUUUUAUUCUUGGAGCAAGUACUGCAUGAAUUAAGAUUUAUAUUUGUUCGACAUCAAAA